UCAAUUGCAUUUGAUUGCAUUCGGCAGUGUCUCUGGUGUCUGUCACUGCGGCGAGAAAUGGCGGAGAAGGAGGCUGAGCAGCCGAAGCUUAAUCCUCAGCCUCCGGCGGUGAAGCUCAAGCCUCGACGACUGAAAGGCCACAAAGACAGCACAAACUGCUGCAUUGCCUCGCCUCAAAAUCCGCACCUCAUCGUCACUUCCGGCGAUGAUGGUUUUGUUUGCUGGUUUGACUUGCGAUGCAGUGAUGAGGCGCAGCUGGUUAUGGAUGUUAGCACCGAAGCCGUGGUGUCCCUGUGUUUCAAGCCAGGGAAGGAAGAUAAUAUCUAUGUCUCAUCGGGAAAGGAAAUCAAUUGUUUCGAUGUGCGCUUGGCCACCGCCAAAUGGGAGCCAUUGGAGAGUUAUAAUUAUAACAAAGAGGAGAUAAACAAGGUUACAUGUAAUUCAAGGUCCUCAUUUCUUGCUGCUGCAGAUGAUAGUGGUGAAGUGAAGAUAAUUGACAUUCGCCAGCAAUGCUUGCACAAAACACUACGAGCUGGUCAUACAAGUAUAUGUUCCUCAGUGGAAUUCCUUCCUUGGAGAUCCUGGGAAGUAAUUAGUGGAGGUCUUGAUUCAGCACUUGUAUGGUGGGACUUCUCCAAUGGGCGCCACAACAAAAUAGCAAAUUUUGGUAAUGUCAGUAGCAGCAAUGCUGGACAGUGUUACAAUCCUUCUUUCAUUCAUGCAAUAGCUGUUCCAGAAACUGACAUGAUAGAUAAAUUAGACAAGAUAUGUGCGGUUGCAGCGGGUGCAGUUGUUAAUGUGAUUAAUAUUGAAGCAGAAAUUGCUUGUAUGAAGUCGAAAGGUUUUUCGAAUUCGCGAAAAGGAUCACAAUCAAGACCAAAACAGGGUAGUUCAACAAGCAAUACAGAUGCAGAUCAAAAUGGAAGAAGGAGGUUGCAAUUGGAUUACACUUUAGGUGGCCAUAAUGCAGCUGUUUCUAGCCUGGAAUUUUCAUUGUUUGGGGAGAGAGGGAAAUUCUUAGUAUCUGGGGGCAACGAUAGGUUGGUGAAGGUAUGGAAUUGGUCCAGUUAUCGUGAUGCUGGGAUAAGUGAUGGAAACAAUGAUAUCCUACAUUUGAACAUCGGCGUACCCCAAAAAGUCAAUUGUCUCUGUACCACCACAGCUGAUACAGACAAUCUUGUUGUGUGUGACACAUCUAAAACCGUGAAGGUCUAUUCUGUAACAUAGUUUAAAGCUGGAUGAUGUGGUUCUCUCUGAUUGAAUAUUCUUGGAGAGCAAUCAUAACCUGUACUGUUUGUAUUUAUAUUUAACAUACUCGGAAGAUCAUGCUCCCGGAAAGGAAACAGCCUAAAACACAGGGGUUUUAGUCUAGAUAUACCAGCUUAGAUUUCUGCGUUUGGGGUCAUUGACCUAUAGGAACUGUUAAUGAUGAUAUAUACUUGCUCAUUGACUCAUUCACAUGGUGUUAUUCAUGCCAUGUUUACUUGCUCUCUUGCCAUCUUUGUAACUUUGUGAACCUGUGUUUUAUGUCACUCUUGUUUGAGACUAGAUUUUUCGCGAAAACUAUUUAUAGAUAUUUGAGGCCUGGGUUAAAGUAAA